AUGUCUGCUGAGGUUUGCUCCUUUGGCAUCCUUGCAACAGUUGUGGUCACCAUCUUCAUUCAAACGAAGUGCGUGACGGACCGCCGAGAGAGAGCCACUGUGGCCAAUGGCAUUGCGGAGGGCUGGGCCUCCAGAGCUGCCAAGGAGGGCACAAGCUUCAGUCAGGGCGAGUAUCGGCUCCGCAACUUCCUGGCGGUGAUUCUGAGCCGCUUUCUGGGUCCCAUUGUUGGACGGCUGGCCGUGGACUUCGGGGGCCGCAACGUCUAUGCCUCGCUGCAGUUCAUCCUUUGCCUGCUGGGCACCAGGACGGUCUACAAGGUGUGCCGUCUUCUUUGGCUGCCGGUCAAAGGGCCGGGUCCCGGUGGAUGGCUUCAUCAGCUCUCCCACAGUCCCAGAGGAGAUCACUGCGGCACCACCAGCACCUGGUUGACGCGAGCGGCGGACGCGAGAUUGCAAGCAGCGGGCCUCAAUGAGCUUCACUAUGGCAUCCGACAGAAGCAGGGCUCGUGGCUGAAAUGGCAAAAGCUGGCCGAGGUUCCAUUAGACACGAACUGCGAAGACUUGGAGUUCAACCACUUGCAGAAGAUGAUCUCUGACAGCAUCAACAACUCGGAGGCUGAAGAAGAGCACGGCGCCCGCAGCGCUGGCUUGUCACUGGGCGCACCAGAGCCGAAUCGGCGAAUGGCAGACAUCCGCGCCGCAGCAGAGCGACGCCUGCAGGGCGGCGCUCGCCGGGAGGCCCCGCAGGAGAUCCUUCAGGAGGAGAUGCCGGUGUUCCGCGACGCGGAAAAGCCGCGUCAAACCGACAUCCGCGCCAUCGCCGAGCGACGCGCGGGCGGCAUGCGGCUGGGCCGAACACCAGGCUCUCCAAGGGCGACCACUCCUCGAGGAUCUGCAACGCGGACACCAACACCCCGGGGCGGGUUCUACAAGCCAAACCACGUGUACAGCAGCCGUGCAGAAGGUCGAUGAGGUUCGACUUCCGAUCGACACGCAGAGGAAAACCCUUUGCAUAACAGAAUCCACAUCAUUUAGCAAGC